ACCUCCUUUAUUCGCUUUCCCAGAUGAUGACGUGUCCAGAAGGUACCGGAAGCAGCGUUGUUGCUCCAAAAAAUGGCAUACCAGACGAUCCGACAGGAAUAUUUACAGAUUCCAGUGGUCACUAGAUCUUAUACCACCGCCUGCGUCCUCACUACAGCCGCCGUGCAGUUAGAACUCAUCACACCUUUCCAGCUUUACUUCAACCCAGAUUUAAUAUUGAGGAAUUAUCAGGUAUGGCGACUAAUAACCAACUUUUUGUUUUUUGGUCCAGUUGGGUUCAACUUCUUAUUCAAUAUGAUAUUUUUGUACCGGUACUGUCGGAUGCUGGAGGAGGGCUCCUUCAGAGGGAGAACCGCUGACUUUGUCUUCAUGUUCCUCUUCGGUGGCUUUCUCAUGACCAUAUUUGGCACAUUUGUGAAUCUUGUGUUCUUAGGCCAGGCUUUCACCAUCAUGCUGGUGUACAUCUGGAGCAGGAGGAACCCAAGCGUGCGCAUGAAUUUCUUCGGCCUUUUGAAUUUCCAGGCGCCUUUCCUCCCCUGGGUGCUCAUGGGAUUCUCUCUGCUGCUCGGAAACUCCAUCAUCGUGGACCUUUUAGGCAUCGCAGUGGGACACGUGUACUACUUUCUGGAGGAUGUGUUUCCCAACCAACCCGGUGGGAGCAGAUGGCUGAGGACUCCCUCCGUCCUUAAGAUGCUGUUUGAUGCACCUGAGGAAGACGCCAACUACAACCCUCUCCCUGAGGACCGUCCAGGAGGUUUUGCCUGGGGUGAGGGUCAGCGACUAGGAGGCUAGUCUCAACCCCCAUGUGCCUGCUGUCUAAUGGACAUCUCUGAGUGCAAAAGAAGGAAAAUCUUCUUCUUUUGACUCGUUUCGCUUGUGUAGAAAAGAACAGGAGCUUCACCCACUGAACAAGAGAGAGACUUGUAGUUUGUGUGCCUGGAAAUCAUACGCCUCGAAAUAUCUGCAAGGCCCAUAAUGAUCUUCUGACUGUAGAAAGGUGUAAAAAAAAAAGAACUGACUUUUGAUAUGUUGCUGUUGCUGCCCUGAACAACAGCGAAUACAACCUGAGCAGCUGUAAAAUACAAAUAUCUAUUGAUAGUCACCAUUUAACUUUUUUCUUUCUCUUUUUCUUUUUUUUUUUUUAAAUAAAUGUAUAAAAAAGUUUCAGAGUA